CUGGUGAAGGAGCUGGAAGACAUACGCUUGCAGCCCCGCGAACCGCCCGCCUGGGCACAGCAGCUGACGGAGGACGGGGACACUUUUCUCCACUUGGCGAUUAUUCACGAGGAGAAAGCCCUGAGCCUGGAGGUGAUCCGGCAGACGGCCGGGGACCGUGCUUUCCUCAACUUCCAGAACAACCUCAGCCAGACUCCUCUUCACCUGGCAGUGAUCACUGACCAGCCUGAAAUUGCUGAGCAUCUUCUGAAGGCUGGAUGCAACCUGGAAAUCAGGGAUUUCCGAGGAAACACCCCCCUGCAUAUUGCCUGCCAGCAGGGGUCCCUCAGGAGUGUCAGUGUCCUCACUCAGUACUGCCAGCCACACCACCUCCUCGCUGUCUUACAGGCGACCAACUACAACGGACAUACGUGUCUCCAUUUGGCAUCUAUUCAAGGAUACCUUGCUGUUGUUGAAUACUUGCUGUCCUUGGGAGCAGAUGUAAAUGCUCAGGAGCCAUGCAAUGGGAGAACUGCACUACAUUUGGCUGUCGACCUGCAGAAUUCAGACCUGGUGUCGCUUCUGGUGAAACAUGGGGCGGACGUGAACAAAGUGACCUACCAAGGAUACUCCCCGUAUCAGCUCACAUGGGGAAGAGAGAAUUCCAGCAUACAGGAACAGCUGAAGCAGCUGACCAUGGCCAACCUGCAGAUGUUGCCAGAAAGUGAGGAUGAGGAGAGCAGUGAAUCGGAGCCUGAAUCAACAGAGGAUGAACUUAUGUAUGAUGACUGCCUUAUUGGAGGACGACAGCUGACAUUUUAAGGCAGAGCCUUCUGUGAAAAGAAGUGACUGUGCACAUAUGUAUAGAAAAAGAACUGACUUUUUGUUUAAAACAAAAGUCACAAUGCAGAGGGAAGAACCAGGAGGGGGAUAGUACAC